AUGUCUCCGUCGCAUUCCCGGUCUUCCCUCGGUAGCAUCGAGGAGACCUCGCCGCCAAUGGAGGCAAUACGCACCAACCAGGGCUCCAAAUCACAAAAAGGUCCACAGACGACGAAUGAACUUCAUCUUGUACAGAGUCAUCUAUCCAACCAUGAUAUGCCCGUGGCCACCGAUGAAUUCCGCGAGGUAGACGCUGAGCAAUACUUGCGCUUCUCGCCGGCACGCAAAGUGGUCAUUGUCUUUGUGCUGUCCUUUUGCUCGUUCUUGGCUCCUAUAUCUUCGACGUCCAUACUUUCGGGUAUUCCAGAGGUCGCAAAGUCCUACAAUACUACGGGUAGUAUUAUCAAUGCUAGCAAUGCUUUGUACUUAGCAUUUAUGGGCGUCUCCGCCCCAUUCUGGGGCCCAUUUAGUCAAGUGUGGGGACGACGUCCGAUUUUCCUUGCAAGCGGUUUCCUUUUCUUCGCGUUCAAUAUUGGCACAGCCCUGGCACCAAAUUUACCGGCCUAUUACAUCUUCCGGGUUUUGACAGCCUUCCAAGGAACAUCAUUCCUGGUGGUAGGAAGCUCUGCCCUUGGUGAUAUCUAUGAACCACGAGCCCGCGCUACGGCGCUUGGCUGGUUCUUGUCCGGUACUCUCAUCGGGCCUGCUUUCGGUCCUUUUAUCGGUGGCGUCAUUGUCACAUUCCGCUCAUGGCGAGUAGUCUUCUGGCUACAAGCUGCCCUCGGGGGUUGCGGUACACUACUCGUCUUCUUUUUCUUCCCCGAGACAUACCCACAUCUCAACAAGUCUGACCUGACCUCCAAAACCCCGGUUCAAAAGGCGAAGUACCUAUGUCGCCAGGUGAACCCAUUACGUGUCGGUGUACUUCUCUUCUCAUACCCGAAUCUUUUCUUCGCGGGUCUGGCUGCUGGCGCGCUCGUCUGGAACCAGUAUUCCCUGCUCACACCGAUUCGAUACGUGCUUAACCCACGCUUCAAUCUCACGAGCCCAAUCCAGUCGGGUCUAUUCUACAUUGCCCCUGGAUGCGGGUAUCUAGUCGGAACCUUUAUGGGCGGACGAUGGGCAGACCAUAUUGUGAAGAAAUGGAUUCGCAAACGUGGUGGUGUCCGUGUCCCGGAGGACCGACUCAAGUCUUGUCUAGCCUUUAUCACAUUUGUCAUCCCGGGGUGUAUCCUCGUCUACGGCUGGACAGUUGAAAAAGCCGUCGGCGGUAUUCCUGUCCCCGUGUUGGCUAUGUUCCUCCAGGGUGUGGGACAGCUCUUCUGCUUCCCAAGUCUGAAUACUUACUGUUUAGACGUGAUGCAGUCUAGUGGCCGAAGCGCUGAAGUUGUAGCGGGAAACUACAUGUUCAGGUACGUCUUUGCUGCGCUGGGUUCUGGCAUUGUGCUUCCUGCCGUAGAAGUUAUUGGCGUUGGAUGGUUUAGUACCAUCAGCGCAGUGUUUUUGAUUGUCUCGGGUCUUUGUGUCUGGGCAACGACUAUCUUCGGUGAUAAGUGGCGCAAUCAAGUUGAUGAGAAGAACCAGCGCAACGAGGCGAAGAAGGUACAGGAGAAUCCUGCUGAGCGAGAGGUUGAAAAGAGUGCUGAGGUCUAG